CAACGAUAUAUUCCACGCGCCUCCUCCACCACCGUCGCAAUGGGUGUCACACGAACAAAAACUGUCAAGAACAAGCAUGCUGCCGGUCCUGGCGGUGCAAAGUCUUCCAAGCACUCCGCCGCCGAUGGCUUUGCCAAAUCCAAGAAGCCAAAGGGCACCCCACCGUCCAAGCAGGUGAAGGACAAGGGUCGUGAGGCGCUUCUUCAGAAGUUCAAGAACCCUAAGAAGAAGAAGUACACGGAUGAGCAACUCGGAAUCCCAGCUCUCAACACUGUCACUCCCGUCGGCGUGGUGAAGCCCAAGGGUAAGAAGAAGGGCAAGGUUUUCGCCGAUGACCCGGAGAGUAUGAGCACCAUUAUGGCUCUUGUCCAGGCCGAAAAGGAUGGCCAAAUCGAGUCCAAGAUGAUCAAGCAGCGCAAGAUGGAGGAGAUUCGCGAAGCGCGCAAGGUCGAGGCCGAGAAGAAGGAGCAAGAGAGAAAUUCAAAGCUUGAGGACACCAAGAACUCUCUUCGAAAGUCAAGAAAGCGAAAGAGCACCGACGAUGAGGAUAACAUCAAAGAAUUCUCUACAGCGGGCACCAAGGCGGCCAAGGGCAAGGGCAAGAAACGAGUGUCGUUCGCCUAGACCCCCAAUUCACGGAGAACAGUCGGAAAUGUUUGGAGUUGCUGCAUCGUUUGGCGCAUGGAGUUUGGUAGAUGGGCUGAGGUUAUGCCCUCUCUGGUGGUCUCUAGAGAAUCGGCGGUACAAAAGCACAACAUAGUUCUUGAAUUAUGGCUGCUCCCACGGGUGCAGAUCCUGUUAAUCGACAAAAACGUUCGAAGAUAUCAGAAUUUAAACCAUUGUCUAU